AUGGUAUACGUCGCCCAUGGCUCCCCGGAGCUCGACGCGCAGUCGCAGUACAAGAUGAUCAUCGCCGUCUGCGUCGUCAUGUCUUCGCUGGCCACCAUCAUUGUCGGCGCGCGCCUCUACAUCCGCAAGAAGAACAACCGCAUCGCGGGCGACGACUGGAUGUCGAUCCUCUCCCUCAUCUUCGCCAUUGCCUACUCGAUCCUCUGCAUCGUGCAGACAAAGUACGGCCUCGGCCUGCUGCCCGCCAAGCGGCCCAAAGCCAACAUCACCGCGUACACGCGUGUCAACUACGCCGGCCGCCCCAUCUACCAGGUCGGCAUCAGCUUCUUCAAGAUUGCCCUGCUCAUCAGCUACCUGCGCCUGCUGCAGGGCACCGACAAUCGCAUUUACCGCAUGGUCGUCUGGGGCACCAUUGCCUUUGUCUUUUUGAACCACUUUGGCAGCGCCCUUGCCCUCAUCUUCAACUGCAAUCCGAUUGACAAGUCGUGGAACCCUGAAAAGUCGGGCACCUGCCUGCCCGCCGUCGCCUCGUUUACCGCCUACGCCGUGCUCACCAUCAUCUCGGACGUGCUCGUCGCCGUGCUGCCGAUCCCCGUGCUGCUCAAGCUCAACAUCCGGCUGGAGAAGAAGCUCGGCCUGAUGGGCAUCUUCGCGCUGGGCCUGUUCACGACGCUGUGCUCCAUCCUGCGGUACACGCAGAUCAACCGGAUCCAGUAUGGCGACCACGACUCGACCAUGCUCGUCGUCUGGGGCGUCAUCGAGUUCAACGUCGGCAACAUGGUCUCGUCGCUGCCCUUCCUCGCGCCCGUCUGCCUGCGCAAGGCCAAGGACUACCGCACCAAGCACUCCAAGUACGCCUACGGCUCGCACGGCGACAAGAGCAAGAGCCGCGGCGGCCCCGGCGGCAUCAAGGGCAGCGAGGCCUACAAGCUCACCGACGUCUCCCAGGACCGCAGCGCCUUUGCCGCCUCGCAGACGCACGCCUCGUCGGGCAGCGAGGAGAACAUCCUGCAGAAGAACAAUGCCAUUAUGAAGUCGGUCACGUACAGCGUCCGCGUCGAGGACGACGACGAGCACAUUGGCCACGCCCAGCCGGCAAACCACAUCUAA